AUGUUGCUGGUGCAUUCAAGGGGAAAAUCACUUGCAAAAGAUGUGGAUUUUGAUAAGGUUGCUAGGAGAACACCAGGUCCACCACCACCACCACCACCACCUCCCAGAAGCAAUCAUUCCGAUGAAAUAGAGAAAGUUGAAGUGGAGCCCCCUGUUGCUCGUGUUGAGGAGGAUGACAUCUUUGUAGGAGAAGGAAUUGACUAUUCUGUCCCUAGUAAAGAUAUAAGCCAAAGCCCAUUGUCAGAAGACAUGGAAGAAUCUCCUAAAAGAAAAGAGAGACCUUCCAAUUUCAAUGAGCCAGCUUAUGGCCCUGUUCCACCCUCGGACCCAUCUCAAGACUGGCAACAAACAGAGUAUCAAUAUGUGGAGCCGAUGGGGUACCCCGAACAAUAUGUCCACCAAGAUGGUCAAAUGUAUGAUAUGCAAGGAGGUUUGACCAUAGAAGGGGACCCACAUUUAAUGACACAAGAAGAGAAAGAUAGAGGUUUAGGGUCGGUGUUUAAGCGGGAUGAUACAAGGCUUCAACAAUUAAGUGAUGAUGAAGCUGAUUUAUCCAAAAUGGAUAUGGGUGGUCGAGAAAAGGGUUGGCUUCAUAGGUGGGACUUUGAGACAGAAGAGGAAUGGGCGACAUUAGGAAGCCAUGCCAAAAGCUGCGUUUCAGUUUGGUGUGAAGAUGCAAUUUUUGCUAUUCCUGCUAUCAGAAUGAUUCCCACUUCAGUUCUUUGGGGUUACUUCGCCUACAUGUCAAUCGAUAGUCUUCCUGGAAAUCAAUUUUGGGAACGAUUGUUGCUCUUUUUCAUCCCUACUGGUCGACGUUUCAAAGUGUUGGAGUCGCUUCAUGCGUCAUAUGUGGAAUCGGUUCCAUUCAAAUACAUAACAAUGUUUACAUUCAAAUAUGCAAUUGAUGGUAGACCUGAACCUAACUUGCAAUUGAUGGCAUUUCAUAUGGCUACGAAACACAGUAACCAGAAACUUUCAAGCAUCGUCAUCUGCUCGAACAGAGAUAGUGAGAUAAAGCAGAAGCUAAUUUCACUUAGUCAAGAGUGA